GGGUGCGCGCAGGGGUCGUUACAUCCCGUCGCCAGUUGUCGCUGGCUGUUGCUGGAGAGCAGAUCGCUCCCGUUCCUUGAGCAAGGCGACGGUGAUCUGUAUGGAUAUAGUUUGCAGUCGAUCCGUGAAGGUGCUCUCAAAGUGGUGCGGUAGUCGUGUGUAGAUCGUGUAAACUCUGUAAAUCGUUACACGAAACUAAAUAUAUUUGUGAAUUGAAUUUCAUCGAACGCGAAACGUUCUAUCCGAGGGGUGUUCGAUUGAAUCGAGGGAACCGUGGAAUUUUGUACGAGAAAUCAACCCGAUACUCGAACCGAUCCGUCCUCGGCUCCAGAAUAAAUGUGUUUGCAUCGAAUUCGAGGAAGAAGCAUCAACUAGGAAAUUGAGAGUUUCUUUCAUCCCGUGACGAGGAUCCAACGUUUUGCUUAAGAAUGGCCCCGAAAUGAGCGUUUCGUCGAACAAAGAGCCAGCGAGCCUCGAGAUGGACACCCCUCUCGAGGAGAAUAGCCUGAAGGUGUCACCGGUGCAGAACGUGGCCAGACAGGAUUCGGGUGUUCCGGAGGAUCUAGCCUCGCCGAUGGUCGACACCAGCAAGCUGUUACCCGAGGAGGAUGGAAACUCGACGAUAAACAGCGACUGCAAUAUCACUGUGAUCCACGUGACCGACUCCGAAGCAGCGAAAUCGGAUGCGGCUUUAAACGGCGACAAUAGGAAGGAUUAUGCAAACGAGGGGAAGGACAGCAAGGAUGGUAGCGAUAGCGGAGUAGAGGGAUGUGCUGUUGAAGUUCCCAGGGUACGAAGUCGAAACAGUAUCGACUACGCGAGUAGUUGCGGAGGCCUGGAUGAAGCUUCCUGUGACUCCAGUUUGGUCAGUUGUUGCUCCGUCUACGAGGAUCCUUGCGCCACCUUACCAGACGACGUGAGAUUGACAACCGGCGAAGGUACCAGCGAGGGUGGCAGCGAGAGUUCCUCGAUUGCCGGCAGCGUAUCCGCCCGUGCGAACAGAACGAACGUAAAGAGAACCGUAGCCGCUUCCGGCGCCAGCAAGAAGAAGGCUACGGGUACUGCAGAGGCUCAGAAGAGCACCAGAGCGAAGCCGGUACCUUUGAGUACCACCUACGCGGCCACUUCUCAACGAUCCAAGCCGCGAACCACGACUCCAAGGAGUAUCCUCGGCAAAUCGCAACCCGCGACGAGAGACAGGGCCAGAUCCAGGGAGAAAUCGACGGUCAGAGAAAACUCGGGGGAGAACUCGUCCAGUAAUAAUCGCGUGCCGAUGACAUUCCGUGCAGGAGCAACCCCUUUGCCUCCGAGAACGAGGACCAGACCUAUUCCCGAUUCACUGCCAUCCAUACUCACCACAGAGAUCAACAAGGACCUGGCGCAACGUGGACGAGGUCAAAGUAGUAGUUCCAGGUCUAGAGGGGGUUCCAGCACCCGCGGUGCUCGGACACCGAGUUCAACGCCGUCCGAAGAGGUACGAAAACCUUUGACCGCAGCCAGAGUACCUUACACGGGUCGUACAGACCCUGCGAGAUUCUCUAGAGUCGACAAGAUGACCACGAGUAUGGAUAACAAAGCCUUGGACACAUAUGCAACGUUACCCAGAAGGAAUAGGAACAAGAUUGGUAUUUCUAAAGUGAACGAAAAAACGGAUGCCAGCACCAGGAGCAGAUCAGGAAGCAGGGACGCGAGUUUGAAUAGAUUGACAGAGAAAAAGAUGAGUGGGAAAGAGUCGUCCGCUCACAAAAGUCUACCGCCUUACCCUAGACACAAGAUCGCGGAGAGGACGCGUAUUUAUCACGAGACGAGCGUGCAAACUGGUCUGACCGGUCACGACAUCGAGAACGCUUUGUCUGGGAUACCCAGUGCCGUGCCGGGGCCGGAAGUGGUGGAGAGACUGCACGAGGGCUGUCAAACCGAGGGCACGUGGGAGGACAUGCAGACGAUGCAGACCGAUCUGAAACGAUUGAACGAGGAGACGUCGAGUCAGAAAGUGGAGAACGAGAAGCUGAAGACUGAGAUCACCGAGGUGAAACGUUUGCUCAAAGAGGAACAGGCUGAUCACGCAUUCGCCAGGCAAGAACUGGACAGAAACGCGCAACGUGUCCUGGCCAUGUUGGGAACACCGCAAUCGGAACACGCAGAAGGCAGCGAUAGUUUCCUAGAACUCGAGUGUCAUUUGCAAUCCUCUGGACAAGUGGUCGCUAAUCAACAAAUAGAAAUAGCUGAUUUACAAUCUUUGUGCCGUAUGUUGAGCAGGGAUUUGGAGAAAAGCUUAGCCGCUCAGAAAGCCUUACUACAACAACAACAAGAAUUAGAAGCAGAAUCGGCUGAGAUGCAGGACUUCCUUCAAGAGGAGAAAGCUACUUUGGCAGAUUCUUUGAAAGAAGCUGAAGCAGAGCUUUCGAAGAAGGAAGAGCUGUUAGUGAAACGUGAAUUAGAAUUAGAAAGGCAAACGGAGGAAUGCAAGCAUUUAGUAAGAAUAAGCGAGCAACGAAGGCAAGAAAAUUUAUCAAUGGGCAUGAAAUUAAACGCGGUCGAACGACGAAGCAGGGAACUGCUACUCACGCAAGGUGCUGCUGUUUCCGGUGCUGCGGUUGCACUUUCCGCUCUUGGAACUAGAUUAGAAGGACUGGUAGACCAAUUAAUUAAUACCUACAAUAUCUCAGUGAAGGACCUUGAGGAUGUGAUAUAUCACAAUGAAGCGUACAGCAGAAGCAACAGCAGCAUCGAAUCGAGUCCUGUUAGUUCAAAGCACAGUCUGAAAGAGUGUACUCCUAGUCCUAAAAGCGGUUCCUUCGUUUCCGCUGUGAUCGGGGCAAUCCGGAACGCGGCGACGCAUCCUUUCGCAACGAAAAAUACCGAUAAAAAAUCAACGAUAGACUCGUCCAAACAGAUAUACAAAGAAUUGAGCAUGGAAUCAUCGUCCGACUUGCUCGACUUCGAAACCGAGCCAUGCUUAAUGAUGGAAAGCGUAUUGGAAGAUGUUCCUUUGCCUGAUACGUAUUCGCACAACAUGGUAUCGAGCAGCGAUUCCCUUCGUAGAGCUUUGAGCUUCCCGGAAACCGUGGACGAAAGUAAUCUUAAGAAAACACGAACGAACGACGAGUGUUCUAGCCUUACGAAUCUAACGCAAGCUAUUCUGCAUCGUCGUAAGGUGGAAAACGAAGAAGACGAAGAUUGCGAUUCCAUUAGCGAAUCUGAUACCGGUACCAACGAUGGUCCUUUGGCUUCCGAUUACUGUCCUGCCGUUGGUCUUGUUGAUCAAGUCAUUGACGUAGAUAAUCUUGUUACAAAAUUACUGAAAGUAUUACGAAUAAUACAGCUCGAUAACGAUACGUGUAUACGGGAGCUUAAAGAGGAGAAAUCCGAAUUAGAAGCGAAACUGGAAGAAACCAUUACGGAGUUAGAGAAACUACGGAAAAUCGUGGACAGUUUGCAUCAGUCUGAAGAAAUCUUAAGCAAUACAUCGGACAGAAGGCGUAGCGUGAUGGAGAAUUGUCGUCUGUUGAUCAAAGAGAUGUCAAAUGGAAUAAUUCCUCUGUAGGCGGGUAAGGAGGAAUUAAAAUUUGACGAGCCCGCAGUUGGUAAUAGUAGUGGCCCCGGAGGAGAGUGCGAAGAUCUCAACGCGAAUGCAGCGGCUCAACUUUCUUCCUGAACAAAUAUUCCUUUUCUUUUCCUCUUCCUAUUUUCUCAUUUCUAUCAUUCUUUUCAACCAUGUACACUUCUCGUUCGCAUAAUUAUUCAUUGUCGCGGGUGAAACGAGACAACGUUAAUUAAUUUACGUAUCGUCUUGAGAAACAGCUAACGGCCUUGCGACCUGAUGUACAUGAAAUCCUCGUCGAAUCAUGCCAAUGCGAUUAGAUAAAUAUCGUAGUCCGUAAAUUGUAGACAUUUUGCUUGUGUCCAAGUCAUGUACAGCUUUCUUCGUUCCGUCAUAAGGAAGUUAUUUGUGCGCAUUGCUUUCAGUAUUUUAUCGUUCAAACGUAUCUCGCGUGUAUACAUGUGUAACAGUAAAUUCGUCAUAAUUUUCAAAAUUGAAUACGUAGCCUAUGGGUUCGAUCAUGGUCUUGGUAUUCAAUCCUUUCAUUGUAGCAUUGAUCAUAAUUUAAAUCAUUACCAUUAUCCUUGCAUAGCGUUCAUUAAAUUGAUAGUUAUUUAUCCAGCGUUAGAAUUAAUUGCGAAUAUCAAUUGCUUAAUACGUAAUAGAGAACAGCAAGGAAUUAAUUAAUUGCAUUCAACGAUUGAAUUUCUUCUGCCCACCGAAUGCAUUUCAUCGUGCUAUUAAUAAGGAACGUUUACGAGAGUAUUAAUUCCUGUAUUAUUAGAGAGCGGAUAGGUUGUAAUGUACCUUAAAAAAAAAGAGAACAAGUCACUCGAACUUCGCUUCAUCGUUUGUUAAACGUUAAGAGAUCACCUGUAAUCUUCUAAUGUAAAACAACAAACAGGGUACAUUAGUUUUACGAUAUAUUGGCAUAUAUUGGCAAGUAUGAAUCAUUCGAAUGAUCAUUUGUCGAUAUUCUACAUGUUUUAACUGUUUGAGUUAGAACAGGUUUUAAAUGUAUCGACUUUUAACGAAAAUUAUUGCCGUAUCGAGAGUGAAGAUUAAAACAAAAAAAUAAUAAGAGAACACAAUACACAUACACGUACACACAGAGCUGCUUUCUAUUUUAAUGGUGAGAUAUAUUUGAGAAACAUAUUCUUGUACACGCUUCCAUGAUUCACAAUUAUCCGUCGUGUAAGUUCUCGAGGCAUUGUAUAUAAGUGAACAUUGUGGAACUUACUUUUUUUAAUCUAAUGCGUUUAAAAACGAUCUUUUUUUUUACAUAACGUUUCCUUCCUUUCUUUCAAUGUUACUUAUUAUAAACUGUAUCUGUAUAGUUCGCGUGAAAGUCGUCGUUUUGACUCCCUUUUUUGUUUCUUUUCAUUUCCUCCUCCUUUUAAUGAAAUAACGAUUCCACCCAGAUGAUAUAUAUUCUGAGGAUUAUAGUCCUAAGCAUUUUUUAUACAAAGUAUUGUGAUGAUAUACCAAAAAGGAAGUCAUAAAUAAUGUAUUUUAAUUUUUAAUCAAAUAAAUU